AUGGCUGCUCAGCCCCCCCAGCCUCAUAUCACAAUCCUUCCAAGCCCAGGCUUGGGCCAUGUUACACCCCUCCUCGAGCUUGCCAACCACCUUGUCACUCAUCACUCCUUCAAAGUCAGCUUCCUUCUCUAUCCAUCGGAUUCAUCCACCGCCAGUGAUCAGCUAUGCCGCCCAGCAACUCUUCCUUCAGACCUUCACAUAAUCGACCUCCCUCCUCCUGACUUUUCAAACAUUGCAGUUGAUGACAAUGAUUUCGUGAGCCACCCUCCAAUCCCUCCAGUCUGUACUCUUAUCAUUGACCACCCCGUUACAGUUCUCGUUGUUGAUAUGUUCUUCAUCGAUGCCAUUGAUGUCGCUAAUGAGCUAUCCAUUCCGACAUAUCUCUUCUUUACUUCUUCGACCAAUCUUCUCGCUUUCUCCUUCUACUUCCCUACUUUAGAUCAAGAGCUCAACGGGGACUUCUCCGACCUCCAAAUGAUUAAUAUUCCUGGUUGCAAGGGUAUGCCAGUUACAGACAUGUUCGAUAUCCUUUUUGACAGGAGGGUUUUACCCAUGAUCACCAGGUUUGCAGAGGUAGCUGGGAUACUAGUAAACACUUGGGAAGAACUCGAACCCAUCACUCUUCAUGCUAUGAGAGAGAACCCGUUCUUUGUUCAGAGACCUCCGGCUACGGCUACGCCGCCAGUGUAUACAGUCGGACCGGUGAUCAAGAUGAAUGAACCAGUGACAGAGACCACCCACAGGUGUCUGACAUGGCUUGACAAACAGCCGCAAAAUUCUGUUGUUUAUGUAUCGUUUGGUAGUGGUGGGACAUUAUCGUCUGAACAAAUCAUUGAGUUGGCUUGGGGUUUGGAACUGAGUAAACAACGUUUCAUAUGGGUGGUGCGUAGACCAAUUGAUUCCAAUGCUUCUGCGACUUACUUCGGCGGUGAUGGAGAGAACAAUCCGGUGGAGUACUUGCCCGAAGGGUUCUUGGGGAGGACUAAAGAAGUAGGGUUGGUUGUUCCGUCAUGGGGACCGCAAGUGGCGGUGUUGAGUCACCUAUCAACAGGUGGGUUUCUGAGUCAUUGCGGGUGGAACUCGGUGCUCGAGAGUAUUCCUAAUGGUGUGCCGAUGAUUGCAUGGCCCCUUUAUGCGGAGCAGGGUAUGAAUUCAUGGUUUUUGGUGGAGGAUAUAGGAGUGGCGGUCAGGGCAGUGGGGGCGGAGCAGAGAUCAGUGAUGAGGAGGGAGGAGGUUGCCAGGGUGGUGAGGAUGGUGGUGGAGGGUGAAGAAGGGAAAGUCACGAGGUGUAGAACUAUAGAGCUGCAACAAAGUGCAAAGAGAGCACUAGAUUGUGGUGGAUCCUCUUCUCUUUCCCUUUCUCAGGUUGCUCAAUCAUGGAAGACACAACCAAAAAAUUAA